UGCAACCCUCCCAUUUUUAUCCAGGCUUGGGACUAGCAGUGAGAGUCAACUCUUCAGCGGCUGGGGUGGCGCCCUGCCCGGGAAUCGAACCCGGGCCGCAGCAAUGAGAGUGCAGGAUCCUGCCGCUGGACCACCAGGAGGCCCACAGCCCACGCCUCUAGGUGCCAAUAUUGACAGAGGGUGCUACUCUCAUGCUUCAGGCUGGGAGUAAAUACAAAGCUGACAGACCCAAGUGGACCCUUGCUAGUGUAGACCGUUUCUUCAUGCUGCUGUCACGAUUUGAAAAUACAGUGAUCGAUUUAUGACCGCUGUACCUAUCAGCAUCCGAUGACUUCAGUAUGGCGUCGAUUGGACAAAUCAUAUUUUGGAGCAUGAUUGUGCUCAUAUUUGUAAUGGCUGGACUUAUAAUACUCCUUUUGGCUAUUGCAUUUUCAGUAUCCCAGGGCUCUGUGACGACUAGUACACCUUUUCCUGUGGGCAAUCUGGGGCAGGAUGUGAUCCUGGACUGCAAUUUCCAAACCAAAACUAGCCAAGUUUCUUCUGAUGUGUCAAUCACUUGGCAAAAGGACGGUCUCACUGGAGUAGUUUAUCAAUACCAGAACAACGCAGACCAUUUAACGGAGCAGAAUACACUGUUCAAAAACAGAGCAAAACUUUUUCCUGAUGCCAUCACUACGGGCAAUGCUUCCCUUCUGUUGCGGACAGUGAGGAUGGAGGAUGAGGGAGUGUAUCGCUGCAGUGUGACUACUUCUGGAGUCACGGGUACAGUGAGCAUUAAUCUCAGAGUGGGAGUUUUUUCAGCUCCCAACAUUACCAGCUCAAAUAGCAUGCUUACAGCCAAUGCUCCAAGAUGGCUGCCCAAACCUGAUGUGACUUGGUUGAAUCAGAAUGGAAUGCAGUUAAACAGUAGUACCGAGUUUUACAACAUAUCAAUGGGGAUUGUGCAAGUAAUGAGCAACCUUCAUGUUCAAGUGACUGAAGGGACCUACACCUGUAUCAUCCAGAAUGCUCUUGUCACAGCUGUCUCUGAAGCAACAGUUAGAGAUAAUGGAGUUUUGACAAGGACUGACUUCAUAUUUAAUUCGUCACCGAACAUCAUCCCAUCACAUGUAACUGGCACAGCCUUCGUCCUUUUCUGUAUACUGGUAUGGUGAAGUCAAGACAAGGCAAGAGGCUUUUAUUAUCAUUUUAACCAUAUAUAUCUAAAGGUACAUCUGGUGGAUAUGAUACGUACUGGACAUUAGGAUGUGGCAUGGGGCAUUAGCAGGAGACAUGAUUCACAUUGUGUGGUUGAAUAUCAAUGCGUCAAUGUCACCUGCAACUUUAUCUGUAAAUAACAUUUAAGCUUAUCUUAAAU